UUGUUGCAUUUGUACGGUCACAUGAUUAGACAGGCCUUUAUCUAUUCUGUUACACUAAAUUUGAAGUCUUUACAGUUAAAAAAAAUUUACCACAUUAUUGCCCGGUUGUUCCACCAAUCAUCACAACAAAGUGUUCUGCAUUUUACUUAAAGCCUACAGCACAUGCCCAAAGAGGACUACAACCAGUUUACUGACAAUAGUUUUGUUUCCAGAAUCAUGUCAUCUUUAACCCCAGUUUCAAGCAAUCGUUGUUUUGGAGGAUACCAAAAGGUGUACAGUCAUGAAAGUUCAGAGCUGAAGUGCAAAAUGAAUUUUUCUGUAUACCUUCCACCACAGGCUGAGGAGAAGAAAGUUCCUGUUUUAUACUGGCUAUCAGGGCUAACGUGUACAGAGCAAAAUUUCAUUCAGAAAGCUGGAGCACAACGAUAUGCAGCAGAAGCUGGUGUGAUGAUUGUCUGCCCAGAUACUAGUCCACGAGGUGUGAACAUUGAAGGAGAAGAUGACAGUUAUGACUUUGGGUCAGGAGCUGGGUUUUAUGUUGAUGCAACUGAAGAAAAGUGGAAGAACCAUUAUAAAAUGUACUCCUAUGUAACUAAAGAACUUCCUGAAAUUAUUAAUGGUAACUUUCCAGCUCUGCCCCACUGCCAGUCUAUCUUUGGACACAGUAUGGGAGGUCAUGGUGCUUUGAUAUGUGCACUGAAAAACCCAGGAAAGUAUUGUAGUGUCUCAGCUUUCUCACCUAUCUGCAAUCCUAUGGAGUGUCCUUGGGGACAAAAAGCAUUCACUGGUUAUUUGGGGAAAGACAAAGAAACAUGGAAAGAAUAUGAUGCUACUCAUCUUGUUAAAAAAUACCAAGGGCCACCUCUGACUAUUCUGAUUGAUCAGGGAAAAGAUGAUAAUUUUCUGAAGGAAGGGCAGCUUCUUCCUGACAACUUUGUUGCUGCUUGCACAGAAAAUAAAAUGCCUGUUAUAUUGAGAAUGCAAGAGACUUAUGACCACAGUUACUACUUCAUUGCCACCUUUGUUGAAGAUCACAUCAAGCACCACUUAGAAUACCUUGGCAUGAAAAGUUAAUAUUUGAAAGCUCAAGUAAGAAGUCUUCAUGUGAAUUUCAAUGAAACUGGAAAAAAAAAAAAGUUUUGAAAAAAAUAUGCAUACCUUUAGAUACUUUUAUGUUAAUAACAUUGGAUGUGGAGUUCUUAAACAGUAAACCAGUGAAAAAAUGUUUGUCUCUAAUUGUUUGUACUUGAUAUUUUGUGCAACUCUUGAAUUUCCAUCGAAAUUAUCUUUAUUAGAACUUUCAUUUCUAAAAAACAGUUCAGAGAUAUAACACAAUAUAUAGGUGGCUUCUGAGGUGAUUUUUCAAAAUAACAUUACAUUGCAAUUGAAGAAAAUGUGGAAUAACCCCCAUAAUAGGUGAAAAAAAUACUUUAAUAAUAAAUAAUGGUAAUCUAUAUUCAAAUGGUUUACCUUAAAUGUUUAUAUGGUUUAGUACUGUAUAUCAAUAAAGUUAUUAUUUGCACAGAAGAAAAUACAUUGCUGUAUGACCUACUGUUUUUUCAAAUGGAGGAAACAUAAAAGUAUUUGCUUUUUAGUACUAUAAAAUAAAUAAACUUCUUUUAAAAUAGUAGAAAAACACCUUUGAGCACACUCUCAAGACCUUACAGAAAUGUUACAUAGUGCUCUGAUAAUAUGCUUAAGAUAAUUUCUCUCCCUUGCUGUUUGACUUGAUAGUGCUGGAACCUUGUUUUGUUAGCCUAUAUUUACCUACUAUAGAUAUCUUUUAAUUCUAACACAAAUUUAAAUGUCUAUAUAUAUAUAUAUAUAUAUGCAAAAGAAAAACAAUAUCUGCUUUAAUCUUCCUGACAUGUAAUAGAUAACUUACAAAUAAAGAUAUUCAUUGUAUUAGGCACACAGCCUGAGCAAAUAUAAAUACUUGGUUAAUAUUUUUUGUUUUUUGUAUUUUCUAUUGUCUUGAACUUGAGGAUUUGUUUAACUAAAUUAAAGAUGUCUUCUCUGAUUAUAUACGUUAUGAUCAAGUUUCAGAAAUAUAAUUUUGUGCUAAAAAGUGAUUACUAAAACCAUUUGUGAAUGGGGUGUUUAAUGGGUGUAUACAAAUGAGUUGCUUAUAAAAUUUCAGUUUGACUAUUCAUUAACCUUGCAGAUAUUAUAGAAUAUCAGUAUCCAACUGAUAAAAUCAAAUCAUAUUUAAGCAAUAAUGUUUAAAACACUUCAAUAUUAAGUUAUAUCUUUGCUAGCAAAUGCUUUAAAGUUUUAUUAAUAACUAUAAGCUAUUAGUAAAGCUGGUAUUAUAUAGUUUUACCAGUAAACAGUAAUGUGUGGAGUGAUGAAAGAGGCAAAAAAAUAUGAGAAUUGAAAUUCAAAUUAAUUAAAUCACUUUAUGCUUCAGUCUUAAAAUAUCUUUUAUUCCUUUUAGCACCCUCAUCCUUAGUGGGGUGAAUUUCAAUGUUAGAUAUAACGUACAUUUAAAGGCUAACAAUUAAGCAUUAACAACAACUACAAUUGUUAAAGUGCUUCAGUUGAGCCUUGAACUUUUAUCAGAUCCUUUUGAUGAGACCAAAUUAACCCAAAAUUUAUGUUUGGCAAAUUAAUGGUUGGCCCACAUAAUAACUUCAGUUAUCUGUAAGUUAAAAUAAAAUAUUAUAAUCUCCACAUAAUGGUGAUUUAAAAAAAAUAUAUUUCAGCUAAUGUUUUGCCAUUGUGGUUUAUAUGGAGAGUAAAACUCGUUUUUGUUUUUUUUCUAACUUUGGUGCCAGAGUUGUCUAAGUCCCUCCAGUAUGCACUACAAAUUCUGAAAAACAAAGUUAUCUGUAAGUCUAAAACAGUUUAAAUUGGAAAUUGUGUUAAUCUUUAUCAGAUUUAUAUUCAUACACAUACUCAUUAAAUAUAUGCAGAUUUAGUUAUUUGUGUUAACAUUAAAUUCCCUGCCUCAACUGCAGUCUUGUAUUGUGUGUAGUAAGAUGUGUUUUUCAACGUAGCACGCUGGUGUGUAGUAAGGAAGGCGGUAGGCGAGACGUAUAACAUUGUUUUGUAGUUUUUGUAGAAUCAACAGUUGUUUGUUAUUCAUAUUACAUGUAACCAUUGAGCCAUAAUCUAAUAAAAGUCUGAUAAAUGUUUUAUAAAUGUA